GGGGCUUGCUGAUAGAUUCGUUAUUCAUUGCUAGCGAUAAGGAUUUGCUGGCAAGCGAGUUAUCGUCGUUCGGCGAUGGCCUCUCAUGGUCGUCGUCAAGAAAUGUUCGACGGUGAAUAGCCGGAAACAACCGAGCACCCAUUCAACGCCUACUACCAUCGUCUUGUCAUCGCGCUGUCCAGUGUAGACACUGUCGACGUUCCUAAGGGCAAAAAUUCUUAUCUCGGCCCAUCUGGGCAAAACUUCUUCGACGUCGACAACGCAUGUGCUUCUCAUCCCCCUUAUAAGGACCGCGAUUCUAGCUCGAUAGUUCGGUUUCUUACUGUGAAUGGCUUCUCAAACUCAACAAGCGUGGAUCGUCGAGAGGCAGGGAGAGCCCAAGGAUGCGUUGUCAUUCAGGACUGACUGGCCGGUGCCAUCAAGGCUAGCGAAGGGCGAGGUUCUCGUCAAGGUCCAGGCCGCCGCGCUGAAUCCCGUUGGAUACAAAUUGAUGCGUUCUUUACCGAAUUUCGUGGCAAGGAGACCCAUUCCGGCUGAGUACGACCUUGCUGGGAUUAUCGAGGACCCAAACGAUUCUCAGUUCUCGAAAGAUGACAGUGUUUUCGGCGUACUCCACAUUUUGAAGUCACUCAAGAUAAGAGAGGGUGCUCUGCAGCAGUAUGCCCGGGUACCAGCGACCUAUCUGAUUCGACGACCUCAAAAUAUUACACCUAUUGAAGCCGUUGGUGUUACGUUAGCUGCAGAGACAGCGUGGCAGGCUCUCUUUGAUUGUGCGGGAUUCGAGGCCGGUCAAACCGUUUUCAUCAACGGCGGAAGCUCGUCUGUCGGUGCAUUUGCUAUCCAGAUUGCUAAAGCCAAAGGCGCGACUCGAGUCGUUGCCAGUGCGUCAGGGGAGAAUGAAGAGCUUGUCAAGAGUCUCGGGGCUGACGAAUUCAUCGACUACAUGAAGCAACCCUUACACGAAUAUCUCGCUCAGAACCCGCCAUCGCCAAAAUUCCAUAUCAUCUUUGAUGCGGUGGCAUUGAAGGACCCGUCAUUAUUCACCUGCAGUCCUGCCUACCUUGCACCAGGCGGAACUUUUGUUUCGACAGGCUCAAUCCAAGGACUUCGACCCUUCAACCUGGUAUUGAGGACGGCUUUUGCGAUGUUCUGGCCUUCGUGGCUGGGCGGUGUUCCGCGUACAUACAAGAAUGUUUCUCUGAGGCAUGAUGCUUCUGCACUAGAAGCGAUACGGCAGCUUCUUGAAGAAGGAAAACUCAAGCCUGUCGUGGACUCUGUCUACGAAUUUAAGGAUGUGUUGUCGGCUUAUGAGCGCAUAAUGACAUCGAGAGCAAAGGGCAAGGUUGUCGUGAAGGUGGAUUCCUGAUGGUCCGGGUCCGAAUAAUCAUGUUAAAUCAUUCGAACAAUAUGUUGGCACAUUGGUCUCUACUGCAACUCAGGAGAUGCCAUCGUUACCAGGAAGACGUGCUGGAAGGC